AAACUCCUCUACGAACAUGGCCGCGACGAUGUAAUCCUCUUGUCCCUUAGGCUUCAUAGCCCCUCGUCUAUAAUCGCACUUUGCGCUCCAUCCAUGUAUUCUUACGUCCAUGAUUUCUGCACACACCUUUUGCCGCGCGAUAAGCGACUCGCGUCCUAUAUGCGGGGGCCAUUAAUGCCCGUGUCGGACUAUGGAUUAAGAAUUCCAAUCAACAAUCGCUAGUCUGAUACGGGCUUAAUAAAUAGUUACGAUAAACGAGUAUCUAGAUUACGGUGCGUUCAAGCAACAAGCAGCUAACUUCACAUGUGAGGCGCUCGCGUACACACGAUGAGGAGUGACGCGCAUUAGCGCGGAGUGGAAUGUCUGCGCGAGCCGAGCACAUUGACAUCUAGGAAGUUUAUCGCAAGAUGUCGGGGGAUGUUUUGUGCGACGAGCCGCUGGUAUGCCCGCGGACGAAAUGACUUGCUUGUCGUGGCUGCGCACGUCUGCUAAAUUCCGGCCUAAGUUAAAUCCCAAAGUGUUGUAAGCACGCCGGUGGGGCAACGUCAGCCAGGUCGUUCGAAUCGCCUGUCGCCGACGCCGACGCAAGAAGCGGAAGGAGACGAGAUCAGGGCGAACGAGGCGCGCGAGGACUGUGCCAGUGUACAUGUGUAUAUGUGUGUGUGUAUGUGUACCACUGCCAGGACCUGAGAUAACCGGAGCGCGGUAUACCGGAACCUGCUUUCAAUCUCGUGAACUAAACAGCCAGGGAGAACGAACGGACACGUGGUGACAAUUACAAUCUCAGCUGGGAUGGGAGCCAAGACAAGCACUGUAGCACAGUCUACUAGUGGCAAUGGUCAGUCCUCCACUGGGGCCAACGAGACAACAAUGCAGGGUUUCUCCAUGCUCCGUUCUCUGCCUGGUGGUAUGGGCAUGUUGCAGCAUCAACACCAGCAGGCCAAUCAGUCGCAAAGUUCACGUGUGUCAGGGGACAGUAGACAACGUGCGCGUUCAUUAAGUUCUGUACCAGAUCUUUCUUCUGCUGAGCAAGCUGGUCUUGCUACUUCGGUUGGAGUAGGAGUUGGUCAGGCGCUUGGCUUGCCACAGCUUGACUCAGAUGAUGCUGAUGAGGAUAGUGGACGUGUUUACGCUGCUCAUAGCUUGCCUUCACACAUUUGGUCCCUCAACGGUCUAAAGUGUCCCGUAUGCUCCAAGUUCAUUCUACCGGAUGAUAUAGAAUGUCACCUGGUCAUGUGCCUGACCAAGCCACGGCUCAGUUACAAUGAGGACGUGCUAGCGGAUGAAAAAGGUGAAUGUGUCAUUUGUCUUGAGGAAUUACAACCUGGUGAUGUUAUAGCUCGCUUGCCCUGUCUCUGUAUAUAUCACAAAAACUGCAUUGAUAAGUGGUUUCAAGUGAAUCGUAGCUGCCCUGAACAUCCUGGAGAUUGAUUCGUACCUGCUAAAUUUGGAGAAACACAGUGGAACAAGUUGCUGACCCAGAGGACAUUCACGUCGAUGGGAUUAAGGCAGGACGAAAUGACGGAAAUUUAAAAAAAGCUAGUCAAGGUGGCUGCUAGUCCACAAUGGUGAUUGGUGCGUGCGUGAAUUGUUCAACUGAACAUGAGACACACUGAAAUUGAACAUGAAAGCAGAUGUUUAAUUCAAUCCUCAAUUCUACUACUGUUAAGCGGGGGACUUAAGAAGAAAUCGCCAUAGGAUUCAACGAUACAAUGCUAUUACCUAUACGUAUCUCUACAAUUAAUCUAUAAUUGCUCUAUCGCUUACUAUCGAUUGUACCAUAUUUAUAAAUUUUAUUUAGUUUUACGCCUUGAACUCGAUUUAGUAUUUAAGCAGGACGAUCUUUAUUACAAUCGUUCAUUAUUUUCUUUUUCAUACUCUUUAUUCAGUUUUGGAAAAUGGGGGACAGGACGAAUCUUAGUCAAGAAUACGUGUAUAGUGAGCAGGUGAGCUCUACCUUACAUAAGUUAGUUAUACUUUUACUGAUUUUUUAGUGUCGAGACCAUGUAUCGUUUUUCGUUGUCUGUUGGGGGAUGAGUGCUAGAAAGGAUAUUUUUGAUACUUUCAUAAAAGGGAAAGCCAGGUUGUAUAAGAGUUCCGAGCGCCGGAGACGUCGUAACGCUGUUGAUGCUGUAGUAACAAUAAAGGUUCUGAUUUAACCUUCCUUACUGAGAUUCAUACUAAUGUGAUAAUCUCUUUCGUUGUUAAUAGAAAGAAUUGACACUUCGUGUUACUGAGAUGUACAGUCUAUUGUCGAUUACCGAGAAUUAUCUACUGUGUAAUUAAUCUCUUUUAUAUAUGAUAAGAAGGAUUGACAUAACCCAGCAGUAGUUUUUGUAAUACGAACAAUCAAAGUCUAUCAUUGUUCCAGUAACGUGCGCAAAUCAUGUAUGGGUCGUGUUGGGGUCGGACUUAUAAGUUGCGCGAGGUUAAAGUAAAACCAAUAAGGUAAUAAGAAUAUGAAAAAAACGAAGACAGUACGGUGAGCGAAGGGGAAACUAGAAAUAAAUCAUGUUAAUAAAAUCGAACGCAUAAACUUAUGAAUGUACAGAGUGUCUCACGACCACGGUAAAAUAUUUUAACAGCGUCUAUUUUGAAAUGUAGUCUAAUUCAAGAGUAAAGCAUCCUAACUGACUCUAGAUAAAAUUUGAAGAUUGAAAUUUUCAGGUUAUCAGCAAUUAGAAUUAAUCACUACAGUGUCACGUAAAAAUGGAGUACUCCACAUACACUCAUACAAUUAAUUUUCAUACGCUAUUAAAAUAUUUUAUGGUGGUGUGCGGAAUACUCUGUGUAUAUGUGUAUAUAUAUAUAUAUACAUACUUUCGUGUACUUUCUUUCGACUAUAUAUAUUAGGAAUUAAAUUAAAAACUUUUCCUAAUUGUAAUUUCAGGAUUGUGUAGUCCAAAUUAAUCUUGUUUUUUUUAAUUUUAAAUAUAUCUCAGUAAGGUUUUUUAUAAAUUGGUUUAUAAGUUAGUUAUCGAGAUAUGUUUAAUGUUUGUUAAGUUUUGUUGACUCUACUCUUCUAUAUUAUUAAUAUUAAUUUCUAUACUCGAGGUCUAAUUAUAAUAUGUAUUAUAUAUUAUACCUCAUAUUCUCCACUCUUAAAAAACUAUAAGCUAAUAAAUUCGCCGAAAUAUCUAUAUUCGAAAGAAAGUGCACGAUAUCUAGGACACUCUGUAUAUAUAUACAUGUACUUUUUUAAGCUAUGUGAAGUGAGUGGCCGUAGAUGGCGGACUCGAUUUCGUAAAACGAAAGUUUUAAAAAAUAGAGAGAGAAAAAGGAAGAAAAAGAAACAUGUAAAGAAUUCAAAAUAAAAGUGUGACAUCGAUAA